UACCCUACAUGCCGUCGGCAUCUGUUGCGAGUGAAUUAUAUUAAAGCUUGGUGGGUUCUCCUGAAGAGCUGUAGGCUAAUUCGUGAUGUAAGAGGAAGUCGGCUAACUAUAGUGGGUGCCUUCCACAACCUCACAGCGGCUCCAGUCCGACACUGUAUGCAUUGAGUGUUGGGACCCGUUGGGUUUGAUUCACUAUCACCGCUGCAGAGGUUGCAUUUGGGCAAAGGAAAGCUGUCGCUGGAGUGUUUGGUCGGUUUAUGCGAUUUUCUAAAUUGCGUUGUCAUUGGAUUUUAAACUAUUGUCAUCAGAUCGAUAGCCAUUAAAGAGUGCAUUGUCUGACAUGCCGAAAAAGAAGAUGGAUGGUUUCGGGUGGUGUUGGAUGGUCAUCUGUCUCCUACUGUGCACUCCCACUGAUAACUUUGUUGCGGCUAGCCCAGAGGUGAAUGAGACCCAGCAGCACGUACCGUUGAAUGUCUACCACGACUUAGGAGUCACGAGGAACAAGAUCAUGACAGCCCAGUUUGAGUGCUACCAGAAAAUCAUGAAGGAUAACGACCACAACAAAAUAGGUCCAGUGUGUAACCGGACCUGGGAUGGGUGGCUGUGCUGGGACGACACAGAGGCAGGCUUCACUUCAGAGCAGCACUGCCCUGACUACUUCCAGGACUUUGACCCCUCAGAAAUGGUGACAAAAAUAUGCAGUGACAACAGCCACUGGUUUCUGCAUCCCGAGAGCAACCGAACAUGGACCAACUACACACGAUGCAACGAGCAUACUAAUGAAGGCAGAAUGACUGCCAUGAAUUUAUUCUACUUGGCCCUCAUUGGUCACGGAUUGUCACUGACAUCCCUAUUAAUUUCCCUGGGAAUAUUUUUCUAUUUCAAGAGUUUAAGUUGCCAACGAAUCACCCUCCACAAAAACCUCUUCUUUUCCUUUGUAUUGAACUCGGUCAUUACCAUCAUCUGGCUGACCGCUGUGGCGAAUAACCAGGAGCUGGUACAAAGAAACCCAACAAGCUGUAAAGUGUCCCAGUUUAUCCAUCUUUAUCUUUUUGGUUGCAACUAUUUCUGGAUGCUUUGUGAAGGGAUUUACCUGCACACCCUCAUCGUUGUUGCAGUGUUUGCUGAGAAACAGCACUUGAUGUGGUACUAUCUUCUCGGCUGGGGCUUUCCUCUAAUUCCAGCAUCUAUACAUGCAAUCGCUCGCAGUUACUACUACAAUGACAAUUGUUGGAUAAGCUCCAACACUUCCCUCCUCUACAUCAUCCAUGGGCCCAUCUGCGCUGCUCUGUUGGUGAACCUGUUCUUCCUGUUGAACAUUGUGCGUGUCCUGAUCACCAAGUUGAAGGUGACCCACCAGGCUGAGUCCAGCCUCUACAUGAAGGCGGUGCGCGCCACCCUGAUUCUGGUACCUCUCCUGGGGAUCCAGUACGUCCUGUUGCCCUACAAACCAGAGGGACGGGUCUCCUCUGAGAUCUACGACUACAUCAUGCACAUCUUAAUGCAUUAUCAGGGGCUGCUGGUGGCCACCAUCUUCUGCUUCUUCAACGGAGAGGUGCAAGGGGUUCUGAGGAGACAUUGGAACCAGUACCGUAUCCAGUUCGGAAGCACCUUCGCCCACUCAGAUGCCAUGCGGUCUGCCUCGUACACAGCUUCGUCCAUCACCGAGGUCCAGGGCUGCUACAGCAUCGACAGCCACACAGAACACUUGAACGGCAAGGGGGGCUGCCUCGACAUCGAGACCUCCAUCUUAAAAUCAGAGAACCCGUUCGACUGAGGAUAGGAUGAUUCUACUGACGGGAUUAACAACAGAAGCUCUGGGCCACUUGUAUAUGCACAAAAAUAAAUAAAAAAUAAAAUGUUGCUACCUUCGAUUAACACAUUGAAAUGGGCACUUAAUAUUUUUAUCAGCUUAGUGAGAAUCACUUUUUGGCACCCUUUUUCAAGUAUCCAUGUAUGAAGCUUCUUUGCUGCUUUUCAGAGGAAGCCAAAUGUAUAUAUUCUAUCAUUUAUCUUAAAGCAUUCAAAUGUUAGGCAGUCCUUUCAACAUGACUGUACAUAAAAAAUGUAAAAAGGAGGUUUGACAAUCCAAAUUAUGAUAUUAUCAGUUCAGAUAAAGCCUGGGUGUUUGCCCAAAAGUAUUAUUUGUAACAUGCUGUGUGCCAAACCAAGAACCGCCCUUGUUUGCUAUUUUUAUACACAACAAUCUAUACCACUAUGAACUCUAGGCUCUCUGAGGCUAUUAUCUGUGUUUCUCUAGCUGAAUCUAAGCUCAAGUUAAGGGCAAAGUUACGCAGAUAUACAGUACAGUCACUUUUCGGUAGUUAAUAACUUGUGAAAAGGUACAUGCUUUACCAUUAUCAACUAUUGUCAUUUAUGCCAAUAUCUGUCCUGUACAACUGAAUGUUACUUCAAUUAUGAAGUUUGGUUCUGGCACUGAUUUAAAUCUAUGGAAUAAUUAUGUAUAGGAUCAACCUUACAUUCCCCUCAGUGGCUAACAGUAUGCCUAUAAAACACUGUAUUCUGUAUAUGUCUGGCACUUACUGUAUGUUCAUAUAUUCUAAAUUCCAUAUAAUUGACCCUGUUCACUAUCGGAAUCAUUCAUUUGAAUUUCACUACUUUUUAUAUUAUUGUUUUCAUCCAACUGCUGGAAACGACUCACAAUCAGAUGAUGUAAAGUAUGUGGACAUCCAUUCAAAUUAGUCGAUUCGGCUAUUUCAGCCACAGCUGUUGCUGACAGGUGUAUACAA